UCUCCCAGGGUCCAGCUGCCCGCUUGCACCGCCUCCACUUCCACGCUGGCCGUGCCAAGUGUCCUCCCUUGGCCGUGCCGAGCGCCGAACAGCCUCAAUUUGUGCUCAGCUUCCUUUUUUGGCCGGGACGGACAGCCCUGCACGCUCCCGGGCCUUGGGUGGGGGCUGCAAACCUUGGCUUCAAGAGUUGUUCCUGCUGGCAAACCCUGCGCCAUCCCUGCUGCCCGCUGGGUAUCGGGCGGGCGAGCAAAGCUCUGCCAGCUCCUGCUUGCGCCGGACAGCCAUGGCAGCCAUCCGGAAGAAGCUGGUGAUCGUGGGCGACGGGGCGUGCGGGAAGACCUGCCUGCUGAUCGUGUUCAGCAAGGACCAGUUCCCCGAGGUCUAUGUGCCCACCGUCUUUGAGAACUACAUUGCGGACAUUGAAGUCGAUGGAAAGCAGGUGGAGCUGGCUCUCUGGGACACAGCGGGGCAGGAGGACUACGACAGGCUGCGUCCGCUCUCCUACCCGGACACGGACGUCAUCCUCAUGUGCUUUUCUCUCGACAGCCCGGACAGCCUAGAAAACAUCCCUGAGAAGUGGACCCCGGAGGUGAAGCACUUCUGCCCCAAUGUGCCCAUCAUCCUGGUGGGCAACAAGAAGGACCUGCGCAACGACGAGCACACGCGCCGUGAGCUCGCCAAGAUGAAGCAGGAGCCAGUGAAGCCGGAGGAAGGGCGGGACAUGGCAAACCGGAUCAAUGCCUUCGGGUACUUGGAGUGCUCGGCCAAGACGAAGGAGGGAGUGCGGGAGGUGUUCGAGAUGGCCACGCGCGCCGGGCUGCAGGUGCGCAAGAACAAGAAGCGCAGAGGCUGCCCGCUGCUGUGAGCCCGCACCUGUCCUCUGGGCCGCGUCCGUCUCCCCUGCCCCCACCCGCGCCGGCCGGGGGAAAGGGCGCUGCCAGGGCUGGUGAUGUCUAGAGUCGGCAUUUCCCGCUCUGCACCCACCGCACGGGAACGGUCCCCGGGAGCCCCCAGCUGGUCCUGGGCUAAGAGGGGCUGGCUGUCUCUGGGCCUCUCUUGUGUAGGUGUCUCUGGGUACGGACCAUGCAGGGUGCUCCGCGGUCCUGGUUCGUGCUCCUCUCCGUGCCCCUGUCCCUGCGGGACUGAAUCGCUGUUUGAGCAGACACUGGCUCUGGGUCUUCUGACCUGUGGCUGGCCUUGUCCCUGUCCCUAUCCCAUCCUGGGUGCAUUCCCUGCACUCCCUCCCUGUCUCCGAGCCCAGCAUCCAGCUGCUCCUGGUCUGUGGGACUGACUGAGGUGCACAGCUCAUGUGCAGACACCAGCAUUUCGUAUGGACUUGCUCCGGCCCUGCCCGAGAUGCCCUCCGCUGUGCUCCUCGCAGCCCUGCGUGGCGGCAGCGCCAUCUCCUCCUGUCCUCGCUCAAUAAAGAAAGGCCUUAUCACA